AAAAAAUAGUACCUAGGUUAGCUGUCUGCUAGCCAGUUUUGUUUUGUUAGUUGAUUGUCAUUUUGGCCGUGGCGUAGGCUUGCUUCACUCUGUUCAGAAAUUGCAGAGUGUGUUGUGGACAAAAAGACAAACAUGAUGACAUCAACCAGUAAUGCACCGUCUGGGGAGGAAGAUGAACUGACUCUGCCACGAGCCUCAGUCAACAAGAUGAUCAAGGAACUGUUACCCAACAUUCGAGUGGCCAACGAAUCGAGAGAGUUGAUACUGAAUUGUUGUACAGAAUUUAUACACCUCAUCUCUUCCGAGGCAAAUGAGAUCUGCAAUCAGCAACAGAAAAGGACAAUAAAUGCUGAACAUAUCCUACUAGCGCUUGACAAACUUGGCUUUGGGGACUAUCGUGCGGAUGCUGAAGCUGUACUGCGAGACUGUAAAGCAAUCGCUGCCAAGCGAAGAAGACAAAGUACUCGGCUGGAAAAUCUCGGCAUUCCUGAAGAGGAGUUGCUGAAACAACAACAGGAAUUGUUUGCCAGAGCUCGUGAGGAGCAGGCACGUGAUGAGCAGCAGCAGUGGCAGCAACUGCAGGCUGAAGCGCAGAUUCAGGCAACGAUGCAACAAUCCAUGGACUCCAGUGAUGAUGAUGAUUAUUAACAUAAUGAAACAACGGGUGUGCAUGUCUGAGGCUCUGGGCCAAAGAGACUAACAUGGUACGAUAAAAAAAACAUAUUUGUACAAAUUUUAUACUUCUAUUACACUCUAUUAUCAUACAUUGUG